GGGAGACGGUGAUGAUUGAUGAUGAUGACGAUAAUGAUCACGAUAACGAUGGUAAUGAGACCGGAUACUGGGAACGAAAGCGCGUGGAGAGAGAGGAGAUCGAGCCAUUUAGUGAUGACAUUGCCAUGAUGCCGGAGUUGAAUGAGUUGUUGGCGAGGGCGUCGAAAGCAUCGACGACUGCCAGUGGGGGUAACGAAGACGGUCCGAACCUUUCGAGUAGGACGGCGAAUCUACUGGCAAGCUUGGAUCGGUCGAAUUCAGGAUCGAAAACUACGACUGGCUUGGUAGACGCGGAGGAGAUCAUGGAUGAAGUGGCUGAACCGCGGAGACCGGGACGGAAGAAGACCAUUACCUCGACGACGAAGCAGACGAGUGAGGAGAAAGAAGCCCGGGCGAGAGGACGAGAGGCGACGAAGGUUCAGCGCGAGCAGGAUCGACAGCAGGAGAAAGAGCGGAAGCAGAGACUCAAGGAGGAGAAAGCGCGGGAUAAGCAGCUGGCGGCAGACAUCGCGCAGGUCAACAAGCUGAAGGUCGAUAAGAAGGAGUCCACGCCAGAGAUGAUCGUUGAUCUUGCGUCGAGUCUCGAGGGAACGAGUGUGGGAAAUCAGACGGUGGAGUUCAUGAGCAAACUUGGAGUGGAAGUCACCUUCUUUACGAGCGUUAUGGCCAAUGUUGUACGCUGGAGACGGAAGGUGAAGGCGAAAUAUAACGAUCUGGCGGGUCAUUGGGAGCCUUGUGCGUUUCAUAUUCGUCAGGAGGACCAAGUGCUCGUUCUUUUGACGGCGCAAGAGUUCGUCGAUAUGGUUAUCGCAUCACCGUCACCUCCAACGGAGUCAACUUCCGCGUCGACCGAGCCAGCAGAAGCAACAGUUACUCUAGAGCAACACGUCCAACAGCUCAAAGCCGCCUAUCCCGGUUGCAAACCCAUCUACCUAAUCGAAGGGCUGACGAGCUGGAUGCGCAAGAACCAAAACUCCCGAAAUAGAGCCUACGUCGCCGAAGUCCGCCGUCAAAUGGAGCAAGAAACCGCCGCUUCCCAGCAGCCGUCUUCUCGCGGCCGCAAGAAAACCGCCAACAAACCUGAAACCACGCCCCCGGUCGACGACGACACCGUCGAAGAUGCCCUCCUUCAGCUCCAAGUCACACACUCCUGCCUUAUCCACCAUGCCGCUGCCCCCGCCGAAUCUGCCGAGUGGAUCAAGAACUUCACGGAGCAUGUGUCUACGGUCCCUUACCGGCAUGAGAUGAUGGAGGGCCGCGACGCCGCGUUCUGCAUGGACACGGGGCAGGUGAAACCUGGGGAGACUAAAUCUGACACCUUCGUUAAGAUGCUGCAGGAGGUUCAUCGCGUCACUGCUUCCAUGGCUUAUGGCAUUGAGGUGCAGCAUCCGAGUGUUUUGGAUCUGGUUCAGGGUAUGAGAAGACAUGGUCCGGCGUUGUUGGAGGAUGUUAAGAAAUCCGCUAACAAAAACGGCGCUCUCACGGAUUCUCGGAUCGGUCCGGCCGCUAGCAAACGGCUGUAUAAAGUCUUCAUGGGGCUUGAUUCGACUUCGACGGAUAUUUGAGCCUUAUUCUCUUCAUCCUCUAUUUUUGUUCUUUGUCUUGUAUCUUUUUGGGUCGGUUGAUCUUGCAUUUUACGGCUUUUGAUAUCUCCUAUGGCACAUUGAAUAUCUCGCAUCUUCUAGGAUAAAUGGGUUAGGUGCAAUUGGUCUUUUU